CAAUUGCAUCAGUGGAUACUAUAUAAAGAAAAAUUUUCAGUGAGGUUCUCAGUUCACCCACCUUAGCCACCAUGGGGCUAAGAGUUGCCAGCUUUUUUACACUCUGGCUGGCACUUUCCUAUGCAAAUGAAAUAAGAAAAGGAAGGACAAGAAACCAUGGCCACUCUGUCUGCAGUACUUGGGGAAACAACCAUUUCAAAACUUUUGAUGGAGACAUCUAUCAAUUCCCUGGCAUUUGCGAGUAUAAUUUUGCUUCGGACUGCCGAGAGGCUUAUAAGGAGUUCUCUGUCCAUAUUCAGCGUGCUCUGAACAGCAAUAACCACCCUGAGAUCCAGUAUAUUCUGUUAACAAUCAAGGACUUUACAGUGUACCUCAGACCAAAACUGGUUGUGGUGGAUGGGCAGAUUGUGAAGACACCUUACUACAGCUCUGAUGUGGUCAUUGAGAGCAAUGACAUUUACACCAAGGCUUAUGCCAAAUUAGGCCUCAUUCUGAUAUGGAAUCAGGAGGAUGGACUGAUGGUGGAACUGGACAGCAAAUUUAAUAACCAUACAUGUGGUCUCUGUGGGGAUUACAAUGGACUUCCACUCUACAAUGAGUUUAUCAAUGGAGUUGCAAACUACAAUUCAAUUACGUAUGGGAAUUUACAGAAGAUCAGCAAACCCAAUGCCAAAUGUGAGGAUCCUGAUGAGACUCAGGCUAUUCCAAGCUGUGAUGGGCAUCGUGAUGUUUGUGAGAGGCUGCUGACUUCCUCUGCAUUUGUUGACUGUCAGUUCCGUCUUAAUUUGGAAAUGUAUAUCCAAGCCUGCAUGCAGGACAAGUGUGCAUGUAAUGAAAAUGAGGACUCCUUCUGCCUCUGCAGCACCAUCUCUGAGUAUUCUCGCCAGUGUUCGCAUGCAGGUGGCCGACCCGGUGAAUGGAGGACACAGGACUUCUGCCCCAAGAGCUGUCCUGAUACCAUGAUCUAUAAAGAAAGCAGCUCACCCUGCAUGGAUACUUGCUCACACUUAGAUGUCAGCAGACUUUGUGAGGAGCACUACAUGGACGGUUGUUUCUGCCCUGAAGGAACUGUCUAUGAUGAUAUUACUGAAAAAGGCUGUGUACCUGUUAGCCAGUGCCACUGCAAACUCCAUGGAAAGGAGUAUUCACCUGGAGAAAGCAUUACCAAUGAAUGUGAAGAAUGCACCUGUGAUUCAGGCAGAUGGACGUGUAAAGAUUUACCCUGUCCAGGCACAUGUUCAGUGGAAGGAGGUUCCCAUAUUACUACCUUUGAUGGGAAGAAAUACACCUUCCAUGGAGACUGUUACUAUGUGUUGGCCAAGGGUACUGUAAAUGAUAGCCAUGUUCUCCUGGCAGAACUGGGUCUCUGUGGCUCCACAGACAGGCAGACCUGUUUGAAGACCGUUGUGCUUCUAGCAGACCAGAAAAGAAACGUGGUGGUUUUCAGAUCAGAUGGCAGUGUGUUACUGAAUGAUAUGACAGUGAAUGUGCCUCAUGUGUCAGCCAGCUUCUCAGUAUUCCAGCCUUCUUCCUACUACCUUAUUGUACAAACUUCUUUGGGGCUUCAGCUGCAGAUCCAGUUGUUUCCAGUCAUGCAGCUGUUUGUGACUGUGGAUCAAUCAGCCCAAGGAAAACUUCAAGGACUUUGUGGAAACUUUAAUGGAAUGGAAGGUGAUGACUUUAAAACAACCAGUGGGCUGGUAGAAGCUACAGGAUCUGCCUUUGCUAACACAUGGAAAGCGCAGUCUACCUGUACAGACCAGGUAGAGAAGCUGGAAGACCCCUGCAGUCUCAGCAUUGAAAGCGCAAAUUAUGCUGAGCAUUGGUGUUCUUUGCUGAAAAAUUCAGAGGGUCCUUUUGCAAGAUGUCACUCAAUCAUUGAUCCGUCAGAAUACUAUAAGAGAUGCAAAUAUGACACUUGCCUCUGUGAAGACAGUGAAGAAUGCUUGUGUGCUGCCCUGUCCUCUUACUCAAGAGCCUGUGCUUUCAAAGGGAUCAUACUGGGAGGCUGGAGACAAAGUGUCUGUACUAGUGAAGUAUCUGCCUGCUCAGGAAAUCAGAUUUUCCUUUACAAUCUCACAAUGUGCCAGCAAACCUGUCGUUCUCUUGCUGAUGGUGAAAAGUAUUGCUUGCAAGACUUUGCUCCUGUGGAUGGCUGUGGCUGCCCAUAUAAUACAUACCUGGAUAAUCAGGAUACCUGUGUGCCCAUCUCCAAGUGCCCAUGUUAUUACAAGGGAUCAUACCUGGAACCAGGGGAAUAUGUUACAAAAGACGGAGAACGCUGUGUCUGCCGAAAUGCAAAGAUCCAGUGUACUUCAGUGAAAUUAAGAAUGGAAAGUUCAAGAGAAUGUUCUUCUAACAAGACCUACUUUGAUUGCGACGGACCCCUGAAGUGGACUUCGCAAACACCUGUGCAACUUAGCUGUCAUACUCCUGAAACUGCUCAGUUCCAGGCAGAGUGUGUCUCAGGCUGUGUGUGUCCUGAAGGUCUAUUUGAUGAUGGCAGAGGGGGCUGUGUUGAGCAGAAGGACUGCCCAUGCAUUCGUCAUAAUCUGUGGUAUUCUCCUGGACAGACAAUAACAGUGGGCUGCAACACCUGUACCUGCAAAGAAGGGCUUUGGACCUGCACUGAAGAGGUGUGCUAUGGGACUUGCACGAUAUAUGGAAGUGGCCAUUAUAUCACCUUUGAUGGAAAAUACUAUGACUUUGAUGGGAGUUGUGAAUAUGUGGCUACUCAGGAUUUUUGUGGUGACAAAAAUUCUGGUGGGUCAUUCAGUAUCAUCACAGAGAACGUCCCUUGUGGAACUACAGGAGUCACCUGCUCAAAGGCUAUUAAAAUGUUUCUAGGGAAAACAGAACUGAAAUUAGAGGACAAAGAUUAUAAAGAAAUUCAGCGAGAUGUUGGUGAUGAUGUGCAUUAUUGGAACAGGACAGUAGGCCUCUACCUUGUUAUUGAGGCCAGCAAUGGUGUGAUGCUUAUAUGGGAUAAGAAGACUACUGUUUUCAUCAAGCUGACCCCUGAUUACAAAGGCAAAGUGUGUGGCUUAUGUGGCAACUUCGAUGACAAAUCUAACAAUGACUUUACAACAAGGAGUGGGCUGCAGGACACCAAUGCUCUGAUAUUUGGGAAUUCCUGGAAACAGUCUUCCAUGUGUCCAGAUGUCACAGAAGAGAUUAAGCCCUGUGACGUGAAACCACAUCGGAAGUCAUGGGCAGAGAAAGAAUGCAGCAUCAUCCGAAGUGAAGUCUUUGAAAUUUGUCAUUCCAAGGUAGACCCGAUUCCUUUCUAUGAAGCUUGUGUUCAUGAUGCCUGCUCUUGUGACAGUGGUGGAGAUUGUGAGUGCUUCUGUUCUGCAGUUGCUGCGUAUGCUCAAGAAUGUACCAAGGCUCAGGCCUGUGUUUUCUGGAGAACUCCUGAUAUAUGCCCAAUAUUUUGUGACUACUACAACCCUCGUAAUGAGUGUGAAUGGCACUAUGAACCUUGUGGCAGUAAAAUCACAACCUGCAGGAUGAUUAAUAAUGUCAGCACCAACUUUUCAGUACCAUAUCUGGAAGGGUGCUACCCCAGAUGCCCUAAGGACAAGCCUGUUUAUAAUGAGGAGACGAAGGAAUGUGUGCCUGAAGAUCAAUGUGGGUGUUACUUCAAUGGAACUCAUGUUCCCACGUGGACCGAAGUACCCACAGAAGAGACCUGCACAAAAUGUGUCUGUUCCCCCUCAGGAUCCAUAGAGUGUACACCAAUCCAAGGGUGUCCUUGUGUCAUCAAUGGAACGAGUUAUCAAGAGGGUGAAACUGUGGCAAACGUACAGGAUGGCAACAUCUGUAUAAUAUAUGUUUGUGCAGGAAAUGGUUCCGUAGUUGUUGAAAGCAAUUCUACUUGCCUGUCUACAACCACAUCUACAAUCAUUUCAACCUCCAUUCCUACCCCUACUAUUACAGCUAUAGUUACCACCACAAGCCCUCCAGAAACUACAACUCUAUGCUUUGAAUUCAUCUGUAAUUGGACUGAAUGGUUUGAUGUUAGCAAACCUGGAGAAGAUGGUGGUGACUAUGAAACCUACGAUGCAAUAAGAAAAGAACAUGGAGACAAAAUAUGUGAAGCUCCUGAAAAAAUUGAGUGCAGGGCUAAAAAUAAACCUGAUUUGAGCUUAGAGGAAAUUGGCCAGAAAGUAGAGUGUAACGUUACAUAUGGACUAAUCUGUAAAAACGAGGAGCAAGAUCUAGCUCUGUGGCCGCUUUGCUAUAAUUAUGAAAUCAGGGUAAACUGUUGUAAGUGGCAUCCUUGUGAGACUACAAGUACACCAAGUUCAACACCAACUGCAACUUCAACCACCACUAGCACAACAGUACCCAUCACAACUACAGCCAGGCAGCCAACAAAAAUUACCACCACGCCCACCCCAACCAUCACAAGCGGAUUCACACCAUCAGUCACCACCCCGAUAACCUCACCCCAUUCAGCAGCCCAACCCUCGUCCACAACGAGCACAGUGUCCUCUACACCCCCAUCAACAGCCACUCCCACGUCAACAGCGUCGAAGCCUCCCACCAGCACCACCAGCACCACCAUCACCACCACCUCAGUGCCCUCCAGCAGCACCACCAGCAGCACCCCAGGGACAACAACGAUUGUUACUGGCCAAUCAACACCCACCCCAACUACUGCAAGCACAUCCACGCCCACACCGACAUACACCUCCACCCUGCCAACUACCUCCGCACAAACUAGCUCCGCACAAACUAUAGAUUGUACGUGUCAAUGGACAGACUGGAUUGAUGUGAGUUACCCAGACAGCUCUGACAGAAAUGGCGGUGACAAUGAAACCUUUGAGAAUAUUCAGAAGCACAAUCCCUCCUGGGUCUGCGUGAAGGCGGAGAAUAUUUCAUGCAGAGCAGAGAGAUUCCCUGAUGUUCCCAUUGAAGAUUUGGGACAGAUCGUGACAUGCGAUGUCAGCACAGGCCUCAUCUGUAACAACAGGGAUCAGACCGUAGGAGGUACAUCUCUGGUGCCGGUCUGCUACAACUAUCAGAUCAGUGUCUGCUGCAUCCCCAACCGACCCGAAUGUAUUCCAAGUACCACCGCCAGCACCACGACGGCCCAACCCCCGUCCACAACGAGCACAGUGUCCUCUACAACCCCAUCAACAGCCACUCCCACGUCAACAGCGUCGAAGCCUCCCACCAGCACCACCAGCACCACCAUCGCCACCACCUCAGUGUCCUCCAGCAGCACCACCAGCAGCACCCCGGGGACAACAACGAUUGUUACUGGCCAGUCAACACCCACCCCAACUACUGCAAGCACAUCCACGCCCACACCGACAUACACCUCCACCCUGCCAACUACCUCCGCACAAACUAGCUCCGCACAAACUAUAGAUUGUACGUGUCAAUGGACAGACUGGAUUGAUGUGAGUUACCCAGACAGCUCUGACAGAAAUGGCGGUGACAAUGAAACCUUUGAGAAUAUUCAGAAGCACAAUCCCUCCUGGGUCUGCGUGAAGGCGGAGAAUAUUUCAUGCAGAGCAGAGAGAUUCCCUGAUGUUCCCAUUGAAGAUUUGGGACAGAUCGUGACAUGCGAUGUCAGCACAGGCCUCAUCUGUAACAACAGGGAUCAGACCGUAGGAGGUACAUCUCUGGUGCCGGUCUGCUACAACUAUCAGAUCAGUGUCUGCUGCAUCCCCAACCGACCCGAAUGUAUUCCAAGUACCACCGCCAGCACCACGACGGCCCAACCCCCGUCCACAACGAGCACAGUGUCCUCUACAACCCCAUCAACAGCCACUCCCACGUCAACAGCGUCGAAGCCUCCCACCAGCACCACCAGCACCACCAUCGCCACCACCUCAGUGUCCUCCAGCAGCACCACCAGCAGCACCCCGGGGACAACAACGAUUGUUACUGGCCAGUCAACACCCACCCCAACUACUGCAAGCACAUCCACGCCCACACCGACAUACACCUCCACCCUGCCAACUACCUCCGCACAAACUAGCUCCGCACAAACUAUAGAUUGUACGUGUCAAUGGACAGACUGGAUUGAUGUGAGUUACCCAGACAGCUCUGACAGAAAUGGCGGUGACAAUGAAACCUUUGAGAAUAUUCAGAAGCACAAUCCCUCCUGGGUCUGCGUGAAGGCGGAGAAUAUUUCAUGCAGAGCAGAGAGAUUCCCUGAUGUUCCCAUUGAAGAUUUGGGACAGAUCGUGACAUGCGAUGUCAGCACAGGCCUCAUCUGUAACAACAGGGAUCAGACCGUAGGAGGUACAUCUCUGGUGCCGGUCUGCUACAACUAUCAGAUCAGUGUCUGCUGCAUCCCCAACCGACCCGAAUGUAUUCCAAGUACCACCGCCAGCACCACGACGGCCCAACCCCCGUCCACAACGAGCACAGUGUCCUCUACAACCCCAUCAACAGCCACUCCCACGUCAACAGCGUCGAAGCCUCCCACCAGCACCACCAGCACCACCAUCGCCACCACCUCAGUGUCCUCCAGCAGCACCACCAGCAGCACCCCAGGGACAACAACGAUUGUUACUGGCCAAUCAACACCCACCCCAACUACUGCAAGCACAUCCACGCCCACACCGACAUACACCUCCACCCUGCCAACUACCUCCGCACAAACUAGCUCCGCACAAACUAUAGAUUGUACGUGUCAAUGGACAGACUGGAUUGAUGUGAGUUACCCAGACAGCUCUGACAGAAAUGGCGGUGACAAUGAAACCUUUGAGAAUAUUCAGAAGCACAAUCCCUCCUGGGUCUGCGUGAAGGCGGAGAAUAUUUCAUGCAGAGCAGAGAGAUUCCCUGAUGUUCCCAUUGAAGAUUUGGGACAGAUCGUGACAUGCGAUGUCAGCACAGGCCUCAUCUGUAACAACAGGGAUCAGACCGUAGGAGGUACAUCUCUGGUGCCGGUCUGCUACAACUAUCAGAUCAGUGUCUGCUGCAUCCCCAACCGACCCGAAUGUAUUCCAAGUACCACCGCCAGCACCACGACGGCCCAACCCCCGUCCACAACGAGCACAGUGUCCUCUACAACCCCAUCAACAGCCACUCCCACGUCAACAGCGUCGAAGCCUCCCACCAGCACCACCAGCACCACCAUCGCCACCACCUCAGUGUCCUCCAGCAGCACCACCAGCAGCACCCCGGGGACAACAACGAUUGUUACUGGCCAGUCAACACCCACCCCAACUACUGCAAGCACAUCCACGCCCACACCGACAUACACCUCCACCCUGCCAACUACCUCCGCACAAACUAGCUCCGCACAAACUAUAGAUUGUACGUGUCAAUGGACAGACUGGAUUGAUGUGAGUUACCCAGACAGCUCUGACAGAAAUGGCGGUGACAAUGAAACCUUUGAGAAUAUUCAGAAGCACAAUCCCUCCUGGGUCUGCGUGAAGGCGGAGAAUAUUUCAUGCAGAGCAGAGAGAUUCCCUGAUGUUCCCAUUGAAGAUUUGGGACAGAUCGUGACAUGCGAUGUCAGCACAGGCCUCAUCUGUAACAACAGGGAUCAGACCGUAGGAGGUACAUCUCUGGUGCCGGUCUGCUACAACUAUCAGAUCAGUGUCUGCUGCAUCCCCAACCGACCCGAAUGUAUUCCAAGUACCACCGCCAGCACCACGACGGCCCAACCCCCGUCCACAACGAGCACAGUGUCCUCUACAACCCCAUCAACAGCCACUCCCACGUCAACAGCGUCGAAGCCUCCCACCAGCACCACCAGCACCACCAUCGCCACCACCUCAGUGUCCUCCAGCAGCACCACCAGCAGCACCCCGGGGACAACAACGAUUGUUACUGGCCAGUCAACACCCACCCCAGCUACAGCAAUCACUGUCUCUACAUCAAUAAUUAUUACUCGAACACCGUCUCCUCCGCCUACAGAAGAACAAAAGGGUACAACACCUGAAUCAGGAACAACAACAAAGACGAGUACUACAGUUUCUUCUUCUGCUACUCCACUAUCAACCACUAAAACAACAGGGAUAGAAAGCACAGUGUCUACCAUAGGCAACACUACUCAACACUCUACAUCAUCAGUAUCAACAACUGAAGUGGUAGUCACCACAUCUGAAGUCAGUGAAACAGGAUGGACCACAAAUAUCACCACUUCAGGUCCCAGACCCCACACCACAACAACAGUAACAGAAACACCUAGCCCCAAGACCACUACCACCGGGACAGAGAGCCUUCCUACAGCAUCGCAUACCACCGCAGUCAGAACCACAAUGGCAGGACCCACUCCCCAUUCCACCACACAAGGAACAGAAACACCUAGCCCCAAGACCACUACCACCGGGACUGGGAGUCCUCCAACAGCAUCAUCUACCACCACCGUCAGCACGACAACGGCAGGACCCACUCCCCACAGCACCACAGGCAUAACAGAAACACCUAGCCACAAGACCACUACCACUGGGACUGGGAGCGCUUCAACAGCAUCACCUACCACCACCGUCAGCACCACAACGGCAGGACCGACUCCACAUUCCACCACACAAGGAACAGAAACACCUAGCCCCAAGACCACUACCACCGGGACUGGGAGCCCUUCAACAGUAUCACCUACCACCACGGUCAGCACCACAACGGCAGGACCCACUCCUCAUUCCACAACACAACGAACAGAAACACCUAGCCCCAAGACCACUACCACCGGGACUGGGAGUCCUCCAACAGCAUCACCUACCACCACCGUCAGCACCACAACGGCAGGACCCACUCCCCACAGCACCACACAAGGAACGGAAACACCUAGCCCCAAGACCACUACCACUGGGACUGGGAGCCCUUCAACAGCAUCACCUACCACCACCGUCAGCACCACAACGGCAGGACCCACUCCCCACAGCACCACAGGCAUAACACAAACACCUAGCCCCAAGACCACUACCACCGGGACUGGGAGCCCUUCAACAGCAUCACCAACCACCACCAUGGUCAGCACCUCAACAGCAGGACCGACUCCCCAUUCCACCACACUAGUGACAGAAACACCUAGCCCCAAGACCACUACCACCGGGACUGGGAGCCCUUCAACAUCAUCACCUACCACCACCGUCAGCACCACAACGGCAGGACAUACUCCCAACAGUAUCACAGGCAUAACAGAAACACCUAGCCUCAAGACCACUACCACUGGGACUGGGAGUGCUUCAACAGCAUCAGCUACCACCACCGUUAGCACCACAACGGCAGGACCCACUCUCCACAGCACCACAGGCAUAACAGAAACACCUAGCCACAAGACCACUACCACUGGGACUGGGAGCGCUUCAACAGCAUCACCUACCACCACCGUCAGCACCACAACGGCAGGACCCACUCCUCAUUCCACCACACAAGGAACAGAAACACCUAGCCCCAAGACCACUACCACCGGGACUGGGAGUCCUCCAACAGCAUCACCUACCACCACCGUCAGCACGACAACGGCAGGACCCACUCCCCACGGAACCACAAGUGAAACAGAAACAUCUAGCUCCAAGACCACUACCACUGGGACUGCGAGUGCUCCAACAGCAUCACCUACCACCACCGUCAGCACGACAAUGGCAGGACCCACUCCCCACAGCACCACAAGUGUAACAGAAACACCUAGCCCCAAGACCACUACCACUGGGAUUUGGAGCCCUUCAACAGCAUCACCGACCACCACGGUCAGCACCACAAAGGCAGGACCCACUCUCCACAGCACCACAGGCAUAACAGAAACACCUAGCCCCAAGACCAUUACCACCGGGACUGGGAGCCCUCCAACAGCAUCACCUACCACCACUGUCAGCACCUCAACAGCAGGACCCACUCCACAUUCCACCACACAAGGAACAGAAACACCUAGCCACAAGACCACUACCACCGGGACUGGGAGUCCUCCAACAGCAUCACCUACCACCACCAUCAGCACUACAACAGCAGGACCCACUCCCCACAGCACCACACAAGGAACGGAAACACCUAGCCCCAAGACCACUACCACUGGGACUGGAAGUCCUCCAACAGCAUCACCUACCACCACCAUCAGCACUACAACAGCAGGACCCACUCCCCACAGCACCACAGGCAUAACACAAACACCUAGCCCCAAGACCACUACCGCCGGGACUGGGAGCCCUUCAACAGCAUCACCAACCACCACCAUGGUCAGCACCUCAACAGCAGGACCGACUCCACAUUCCACCACACUAGUGACAGAAACACCUAGCCCCAAGACCACUACCACCGGGACUGGGAGCCCUUCAACAUCAUCACCUACCACCACCGUCAGCACCACAACGGCAAGACAUACUCCCAACAGUAUCACCGGCAUAACAGAAACACCUAGCCUCAAGACCACUACCACUGGGACUGGGAGCGCUUCAACAGCAUCAGCUACCACCACCGUUAGCACCACAACGGCAGGACCCACUCUCCACAGCACCACAGGCAUAACAGAAACACCUAGCCACAAGACCACUACCACUGGGACUGGGAGCGCUUCAACAGCAUCACCUACCACCACCGUUAGCACCACAACGGCAGGACCCACUCCUCAUUCCACCACACAAGGAACAGAAACACCUAGCCCCAAGACCACUACCACCGGGACUGGGAGUCCUCCAACAGCAUCACCUACCACCACCGUCAGCACGACGACGGCAGGACCCACUCCCCACGGAACCACAAGUGAAACAGAAACAUCUAGCUCCAAGACCACUACCACUGGGACUGCGAGUGCUCCAACAGCAUCACCUACCACCACCGUCAGCACGACAAUGGCAGGACCCACUCCCCACAGCACCACAAGUGUAACAGAAACACCUAGCCCCAAGACCACUACCACUGGGAUUUGGAGCCCUUCAACAGCAUCACCGACCACCACGGUCAGCACCACAAAGGCAGGACCCACUCUCCACAGCACCACAGGCAUAACAGAAACACCUAGCCCCAAGACCAUUACCACCGGGACUGGGAGCCCUCCAACAGCAUCACCUACCACCACUGUCAGCACCACAACAGCAGGACCCAGUACUCAUUCCACAACACAAGGAACAGAAACACCUAGCCCCAAGACUACUACCACUGGGACUGGGAGUCCUCCAACAGCAUCACCUACCACCACUGUCAGCACCUCAACAGCAGGACCCACUCCACAUUCCACCACACAAGGAACAGAAACACCUAGCCCCAAGACCACUACCACCGGGACUGGGAGUCCUCCAACAGCAUCACCUACCACCACCGUCAGCACCACAACGGCAGGACCCACUCCCCACAGCACCACACAAGGAACAGAAACACCUAGCCCCAAGACUACUACCACCGGGACUGGGAGUCCUUCAACAGCAUCACCGACUACCACAGUCAGCACCACAACAGCAGGACCCACUCCCCAUUCCACCACACAAGGAGCAGAAACACCUAGCCCCGAGACCACUACCACUGGGACUGGGAGUCCUCCAACAACAUCACUUACCACCACCGUCAGCACCACAAUGGUAGGACCCACUCCCCACAGCACCACAAGAGUAACAGAAACACCUAACCCCAAGACCACUACAACCGGGACUGGGAGUCCUCCAACAGCAUCACCUACCACUACGGUCAGCACCUCAACAGCAGGACCCACUCCCCAUUCCUCUACAGGAAUAACAGAAACACCUAGCCCCAAGACCACUACCACCGGGACUGGGAGCCCUUCAACAACAUCACCUACCACCACUGUCAGCACCACGACAGCAGGACCCACUCUCCAGAGCACCACAAGUGUAACAGAAACACCUAGCCCCAAGACCACUACCACCGGGACUGGGAGUCCUCCAACAGCCUCACCUACCACCACCGUUAGCACCACAACAGCAGGACCCACUCCCCAUUCCACCACACAAGGAACAGAAACACCUAGCCCCAAGACCACUACCAUCGGGAUUUGGAGCCCUUCAACAGCAUCACCUACGACCACCGUCAGCACCACAACAGCAGGACCCACUCCCCGUUCCACCACACAAGGAACAGAAACACCUAGCCCCAAGACCACUACCACCGGGACUGGGAGCCCUUCAACAGCAUCACCUACCAUCACUGUCAGCACCACGACAGCAGGACCCACUCUCCACAGUACCACAAGUGUAACAGAAACACCUAGCCCCAAGACCACUACCACCGGGACUGGGAGCCCUUCAACAGCAUCACCAACCACCACCAUGGUCAGCACCUCAACAGCAGGACCGACUCCACAUUCCACCACACUAGUGACAGAAACACCUAGCCCCAAGACCACUAGCACCGGGACUGGGAGUCCUCCAACAGCAUCAUCUACCACCACCGUCAGCACGACAACAGCAGGACCCACUCCCCACAGCACCACAGGCAUAACAGAAACACCUAGCCCCAAGACUACUACCACCGGGACUGGGAGUCCUCCAACAGCAUCACCUACCACCACCAUCAGCACUACAACAGCAGGACCGACUCCCCAUUCCACCACACAAGGAACAGAAACACCUAGCCCCAAGACCACUACCAUCGGGACUGGGAGCCCUUCUACAGCCUCACCUACCACCAUCGUCAGCACCACAACAGCAGGACCCACUCCCCAUUCCACCACACAAGGAACAGAAACACCUAGCCCCAAGACCACUACCACCGGGACUGGGAGUCCUCCAACAGCAUCACCUACCACCACCGUCAGCACUACAACAGCAGGACCCACUCCCCAUUCCACCACACAAGGAACAGAAACACCUAGCCCCAAGACCACUACCACCGGGACUGGGAGCCCUUCAACAGCAUCACCUACCACCACUGUCAGCACCACAAUGGCAGGACCCACUCCCCAUAGCACCACAAGAGUAACAGAAACACCUAACCCCAAGACCACUACCACCGGGACUGGGAGUCCUCCAACAGCAUCACCUACCACCACUGUCAGCACUACAACAGCAGGACCGACUCCCCAUUCCACCACACAAGGAACAGAAACACCUAGCCCCAAGACCACUACCAUCGGGACUGGGAGCCCUUCAACAGCCUCACCUACCACCACCGUCAGCACCACAACAGCAGGACCCACUCCCUAUUCCACCACACAAGGAACAGAAACACCUAACCCCAAGACCACUACCACCCGGACUGGGAGUCCUUCAACAGCAUCACCUACCGCCAGCAUCAGCACCACAAUGGCAGGACCCACUCCCCACAGCACCACAGGCAUAACAGAAACACCUAGCCCCAAGACCACUACCACCGGGACUGGGAGUCCUCCAACCGCAUCACCUGCCACCACCGUCAGCACCACAACAGCAGGACCCACUCUCCACAGCACCACAAGUGUAACAGAAACACCUAGCCCCAAGACCACUACCACCGGGACUGGGAGUCCUCCAACAGCAUCACCUACCACCACUGUCAGCACUACAACAGCAGGACCCACUCCCCAUUCCAGCACACAAGGAACAGAAACACCUAGCCCCAAGACCACUACCAUCGGGACUGGGAGCCCUUCAACAGCCUCACCUACCACCACCGUCAGCACCACAACAGCAGGACCCACUCCCUAUUCCACCACACAAGGAACAGAAACACCUAGACCCGAGACCACUACCACCGGGACUGGGAGUCCUCCAACCGCAUCACCUGCCACCACCGUCAGCAGCACAACAGCAGGACCCACUACCCACAGCACCACAGGCAUAACAGAAACACCUAGCUCUAAGACCACUACCAUCGGGACUGGGAUUCCUCCAACAGCAUCACCUGCCACCACCGUCAGCACGACAACAGCAGGACCCACUCCCCACAGCACCACAAGUGUAACAGAAACACCUAGCCCCAAGACCACUACCACUGGGACUGGGAGUCCUUCAACAGCAUCAUCUUUGAGACCAUCCUCUCUGGAGCCUACACCUAGCACUACUCCAUCACUACCAUCAGGAUCGACCACUCCCAUGUCAGCCACCACCUCUGGUACAACUCCAACCAAAUCUUUUGCCACCACUUCAGGAACAACCUCUAGCUCUUCUACCACAAUUACUGCAACCACCACCACCUCCACAAUUGUUUUCUCUGGCUCAACUAGUACUUCUGGGCCAACUGCAACAUCAAGUGCAGUCACCGUUGCAGGAGGUUCUACAUACAGUACAGUUACUCCACUCAGCACUUUAAGUUCAACUGCAAGUCCACCACCAACCACUCCUGGAAAAAAUUGUUCUAUUUUCCCUAAUGAAUCUUAUGCGCCAGGGGACACAUGGUGGCUCUGUAACUGCACUAAAGCAAUAUGUAUAGAAGACAAUGUAGUUGAGGUGAUUCCCAUAAUCUGUAAUCCGCCUCCUAAACCUAUAUGUACCAAUGGGCUUUCUCCUGUACGAGUUAUUGAUGAGGAUAAAUGCUGUUGGCACUGGGAAUGUGACUGCUACUGCACUGGCUGGGGAGACCCACACUACCUGACUUUUGAUGGACUGCCAUAUAGCUAUCAAGGGAAUUGUACAUACGUCCUUGUGGAAGAGAUUAAUAAGACAGUUGAUAACUUUGGUGUCUACAUUGAUAACUACCAUUGUGAUGAACGAGAUAAGGUCUCCUGUCCUCGAACACUCAUUGUGAGACAUGAGACACAGGAAGUGCGCAUGGCAACAGUCAAACCAAAUACUGCACAAGUAGAGGUGACAGUAAACAAACAGCCAGUGGCUUUGCCUUAUAAAAAAUUUGGCUUGAGCAUCUAUAAGUCAGGCAUAAAUCAUGUAGUGGAAAUUCCUAGACUAGAAAUGAAUGUGACCUACAAUGGCUUGGCCUUUUCUGUCAGAAUGUCCUACAGACUGUUUGGCAACAACACUCAGGGACAGUGUGGUACUUGCAAUAACAACACGGCAGAUGACUGCAUGUUGCCGAAUGGCAACAUUGCAGAAAACUGUGAAAUCAUGGCAGAUCAUUGGCAAGUUGAUGAUCCAUCCAAACCACAGUGCUCUCCGGGCCUAGGUCCUACAAAAGCACCUAGCACAACCCCAGGACUGCCUCACAACGGAAGUGUCAUCUGCGAGCUUCUUUUGGGAAGUGUGUUUGAGCCGUGCCAUCACUUUGUCCAGCCUGAAAAGUUUUAUGCAGCCUGCAUUUUUGAUACUUCCGUACUUCCCGACCUAGGCCUGGAAUGCUCAAGUCUGCAGGUCUAUGCUGCCAUUUGUGCUGAUCAAAGUGUAUGCAUCGACUGGAGAAAUCAUACUAAUGGUGUCUGCUCUUAUGAAUGCCCGGCAGAUAAAGAAUACAGAGCAUGUGGUCCUAUUAAAGAGAUAACCUGCAAAACAAGUCAACAAAAUGAAACUUCAACUAAACAAAUGGAAGGCUGUUUCUGUCCUAAUGGAACAAUGCUGUAUGACUCUGGUGUGGAUGUCUGUGUGAAAACCUGUGGCUGUGUUGGAGUGGAUAAGAAACCAAGAGAGUUUGGGGAAAAGUUUACAGUAGACUGUCAGGAUUGCAUUUGCCUGGAAGGUGAAAAUGGCAUUGUAUGCGAGCCUCAUGAAUGUGCCAAACAAAGCGAGACAACUUGUGAUGGAGAAGGCUUCUAUGAGGUCAAUGAAGUCAAUUCUGAAGACCCUUGCUGCCCCAUUGUCACCUGCAAAUGCAAUACAAGUAUGUGCACAACUGAAGCCCCCAGGUGUACACUGGGAUUUGAAGUUCAUUCUCAUAUUCCCAGUGGACAAUGCUGCCCUGUAUACCAGUGUGUUCCUAAGAGGGUUUGCGUACAUCAGAAUGCUGAGUUCUUGCCUAAUUCCUCAGUCUUUGUUGAUAAGUGCCAGAAUUGUUUCUGCACUAAUGAAGUUAACGUCAGCACUCAACUGAAUAUCAUCUCAUGUGAACAUAUUCCAUGCAACACAUAUUGUGAACCAGCAUAUGAAUAUCAACCAGUGAAAGGUGAAUGCUGUGGAAGAUGUGUGCAGACUAAGUGUGUUAUACAUACAGCAAACAAUUCUGCCCUCAUUUUGAGUCCUGGAGAGUUUAAAAAUGAUCCUUACAACAACUGCACCAUUUAUAGCUGUGUAAAUAUCCACAACCAGUUAAUCUCUUCCACAUCUGAGAUUACCUGCCCAGCAUUCAAUGAGGAGAGCUGCAAACCCGGAACUAUUACAUUCUUACCUAACGGUUGCUGCAAAACCUGUGCACCUCUGGAUAGUUCCACACAGUGUUCUGUCCGUCAAAGAGAAGACUUUAUCACCUAUAAGGGCUGCCGUUCUGUGGACAGAGUUGUCAUGACAGAAUGUGAAGGAACAUGUGGAACCUUCUCACUAUACUCUGCUGAGGCCAAUUCUAUGGAGCACAGCUGUUCCUGCUGCAGGGAAUCAAGGACUAUUGUGAAGGAUGUGCAACUGAAAUGCCCUACUGGGCACUCAAUUUCACAUAAAUAUGUUUAUGUGGAAAGCUGCAGCUGUCAAGACACUGAAUGCAGCCUCUCACAAUCCAGUGAGACACAGAGCACAGAAGAAAAUGACAACAUGAGUACUCUGAACCGUAUCAAGAGGGCCAUCAGCUUAACAUCAAAAUGAAGACAAAAAAACCUAGCAGCUUUUAACUAAAAGGACUAUGGACCAUUCUCAUCUUCCUUUACUACUUUCGAACUUUGCUUUUGCCAGUUCGUUUGUCCUGUUCUCUGAUUAAUUUUAACAGGGCUCUAUUUAUUUGUGCACAACAUAAGAACACAAAUAUGUAUUCUUCCAAGUGCGCAGCCUUUAGGUCCUUUUAUAAGCAGCUUAUUUUCUCUGAAUUAUUAAAAGCACAUUUGAAAAACA